GUUUUGAUAUAGUACUGAUAUCGAUUAUGCAAAAAUGUCGUACAGUAGAGGAAGUAUCGACGAAAGAACAUCAUUGUUGACAUAUGGAAACCGUGGCAGUCGUGGCCGAGUGGUUAAGGCGUCUGACUAGAAAUCAGAUUCCCUCUGGGAGCGUAGGUUCGAGUCCUACCGACUGCGGCUGGUAGGAACGUGACUUCCAGAUUCGAUUUGAAGCAGCUCCUUCUACGAAGGAUACCGAUCCUGGCAUGGCUGCCUCAAUAUAGUUUGUCGAAACUUCUGCACGAUGUUUUGGCAGGAUUGACCGUUGGUUUGACUGCUAUACCACAGGGCAUAGCUUACGCAAUUGUGGCCGGACUUCCAGCUCAGUACGGCCUCUACAGCAGUUUCAUGGGAUGCUUGGUUUACUUGGUGUUCGGUAGCUGCAAGGACAUCACUGUGGGUCCUACGGCAAUAAUGGCAUUACUGUCGCAAAAUCAUGUUAUAAGACUGGGAGAUGAUAUCGCGGUGCUUCUAUGUUUCCUGACAGGCUGCGUGAUUACGUUUAUGGGAUUGUUCCGCUUGGGAUUUCUUGUGCAGUUUGUUAGCAUGCCAGUGAUCUCUGGAUUCACUAAUGCAGCUGCAAUAAUAAUUGGAACAUCUCAAUUGGGCACGUUGCUUGGUUUGAGUGGCAGAAGCGAUUCCUUUAUCGACGCAGUUACCAAAGUUGUCAAUCACGUAAAUGAAAUUACUUUCUGGGACCCGAUAUUAGGAGUCUGUUCGAUGAUCUUACUCGUUUGUCUUAAAAAAUUACCUGCAAAGAAAAGCGGCACGGCGUUGCAAAAAUUCAUGUGGGUAACAUCGUUGGCGAGGAACGCCGUAGUCGUCAUUGUUGGAAUAAUAUUAAGCUAUUCGUUAUACUCUUAUGGUAUUAAACCCUUCAAAAUUACUGGACAUAUAACGGAAGGUUUACCGCCGUUCUCUCCGCCACCAUUUUCUCUCGUGAAAGGAAACCAUACGUAUAACUUUGAGGAGUUAAUUGGUGAACUCGGAAGCACUGUCAUUUCAGUCCCGCUGAUUGCCAUUUUGGAGAGCAUUGCCAUUGCUAAAGCUUUUGCCAAAGGGAAGACCGUUGAUGCUAAUCAAGAGAUGCUGGCUUUGGGACUGUGCAACCUUUUCGGCAGCUUUUCUCGAUCAAUGCCAACCACAGGGAGCUUCACAAGGACCGCCGUAAACAACGCUUCGGGUGUAAAAACACCGAUGGGCGGUGUAAUUACUGGAUGCCUGGUGCUUUUAGCGUGUGGCCUUCUGACCUCGACUUUCCAAUUCAUCCCGAAGGCAACACUCGCUGCAGUCAUUAUAGUCGCCAUGUACUACAUGCUUGAACUUCAUAUUUUCACCGUACUUUGGAGAACGAAAAAGACCGAUUUGAUACCUUUGACGGUGACUUUGUUGAGCUGCUUGGCAAUUGGUCCAGAAUACGGCAUGAUUGCUGGGAUCGCGGUAAAUCUAAUUCUCCUGCUCUAUUUCGCGGCCAGACCUGGAUUAUUGAUCGAGGAACGUGUUGUCGAUGGGCUGACGAUUCUGUUUGUAUCGCCGAAACAAUCGUUGAGCUACCCAGCUGCGGAAUAUCUUCGUGAACGGGUGAUGUCGUGGUGUGAUGCCAGAGUAGGAACUAUUCCCGUGGUAGUGGAAGGUCGUCACGUGCUUAGAAUCGAUGCAACCGUCGCCAAGAACCUCGCUUUGCUGCUGGCCGACUUGGAAACCAGGGACCAGAAGCUGGUGUUCUGGAAUUGGUGCGAGGAAGCUAAGAGAACUUUGAUAAGCUACGACGCUUCUCUCACGAUGUCCUUCAGAAGUUCCGGCAGCAUAGCUCAAAUAUUUUCAGGUAGAAUCGCGUCACCUCAUGUUCCACGCGAGUGAAAUUUUGAAUCUAACGAAUGCACGGGACACUUGCCUCUGAAAUCUUCCUAAGCUUCGUUCAACGAGAGCUGCUCUUCUCUUUUCAACCUGUUCGCGUUUAACGAAGCCUCACGAAACGCUGAACAUAUUUUAUUUAACGAUGGAACACGCCUCGGCCAAGAUUAGUUCUUCGUGCAACUUCAGUCGCCUUCAAUUUGCCUUUCGAUGCACCAACAUCUAUUGAAAUUCCACGAACCGCGCCGAAGGUGUCAUUUCAAACAGCAUCUCGACCAAUCGUUUUAUGAAAAGACGAUCAAGAAAUCGUGCUUCUCGUUAUUCGAUGAAAAAUCCGAUGGAAUAAAGGCGCCACGUUUUUAUAUGCAUGUAAAAAGAGGAAACGUAUUUAAUCAUUCGUAUGAAGAAAUAAUUUUCUUUAUCGCGAAACAUUUGUAUAGCAUUUGGCUUGACCGAACGUGUUAUUUAAAUAUUUUUAAUUGUUUUCUGUAAGAUAUUCGAUUGCAAUGACGAUUUAAAUGAUGUUAGAUCCAAAUAUCCAUACGUAGUUAUAUCGUAAUAUUUACAGUACUCUAAAAUUGACUUCUUUUCUUUUUCUAUUUAACGAUAGAGAUGGAAUAUGAGAGAGGAAUACUAUUUCAUCUGACAUUGGCUUACGAAAGAAGACGAAUAAGUCUGAUAACGUUUGCUUUAAGAAAAUUACCUGCACUCAUAUUAAAAUUAAUUCCGCAAAUGGUUACUUAACUAUUCCGUGGAAAAAUAGUGAAAAUUUCUGCCACAUUUCGUAAAAUCACAAUUUUAACCAUUAUUUUAAACGCUACGUUUAUUUCAAGAUAAUACACGUUUUUUAUUCUUAUCUUCCUAAUUUAUCUAAUUUUACGCUUCAGACGGGAAAACACGAACUAUAAUCAUGUUUUUCCAAUUUACAACUAUAGAUGUAAUCUUUUUCAAUUUUCCUUCAAUUAUUGUGAAAUAAUCGUGAUCGCGUGUUGUUUUGCGCUCAACCACGAUAACGAUAGAUUUUUUAGUCCUUAACUAUCAUGUGUGAAAGUUUUCCAUAGUGUAUAUUUAAAAAAUUGAACAAUUAAUACAGUUGAAUGUAUCGAAUUAAAUGUUUUACUAUUAUUCGAUAGUAGAUAAAGAGUAGAAAAUUAUUGUUUGCAGCGAAUGCAAACGAUAACGUUGCGGUAAUAUUAUUACAGGAUGGUAAUGUUAAAACAAAAUUAUUCAUAGAGGGUACAAUUUCACUUAUAAUGGCUUUUAAGGAUUAACGUUGAAUCGUGUAAAUAUAGGAUUCAGUAUUGAAAGUAUUGAAGGAUUUCGAUUCGUUUCACCUAUAAAUAACGUUUGCGUAACCGCGCGAUGCCGAUUGACGGAAAUGCUUUGCUCGGAAAAUGAAACUUUAUUCGAAUGUUUCCAUGAAUAAUCAGCAGAAGGUUUCAUACGAGAAAUUUUCAUCGUGACUAUAUGAUCCUGACGCAGAAUUGCAAGUAUUUACAUAUGGUUCUACUAUUUUGUAUGUACAUGUAAAAUUAAUCUUUCCAGAUGUGCAUGAGAGUAUCGGUUGAAUUGAAUCAAACGAUGAUGUCCAAUUUUAUUUGUUAUUCGGUAUAAAUUAUCGCUCGUAUAUCUGAGAACUUUAGCCGUUUUGUAACAGAAAUAUGUGUCAACAUGUUCAAAUUAAUAAUAAAUUAAUUAAUAAUUAAAAUUUGAAGCAACACUUACUAUGUUUCCUAUGGAGUUAUCAGUCUGGAAAUUCAAAUUACCUGUUAAACAUCACAAAAAUAUAUAUUAUUAUUUACUACUCUAAUAGACUUUAUUAUAUACUACUUCAUGUAUUUACCAUUUAAAUAUUGCAACCAGUUAUAUUAACAUCAGAAGACAUUUUUUUUACAGUUUGAAAGUCCCACUUUUAUUUGUUCCAUAACGUAAAAAUUUAAGAAACUGGAUAUUAAGAAUUUGUCAAGUAACGAAACAGUUCUACGAUACUGGACAAUUACAAAUAUCAAUUUUAUUAUCGCAUAUUGGUUUUUGCAAAUUAAUUUUAUUGCAAAUUAUAAUCACGAUAUUUUAUUAUACAUAGCUGAAUGUAUGUAUGGUGAUUAUACAGAACAAAAUCAUUGCAAUUCGAUUUAUUCGUAAUUUUGUGAUUAAAAUACAUUUUGUCAAAACUAAGUAAGUACUCGGAUACUUUCGAGUGAUAACGUAUGCGUUACAUUUGAGAUUAUAUUUGAGUAGCUUCUUUCGGAAAUCUAACAUUAUCAAUUAGUAAUUCGUUUACAAUGAUAAUGUUUACAAAUGCACUUGUAAUUUAGAAAAAAGUUUAAACAGAAAGAUCUGAAUAUCAAAUUAUAACUAUAUCUGCAUAAUUAUUAUUCAUAUUUCUAAUUUGGUAUUACGUUGGAAUAUAAUUCUACUCUGUAGCUUUGACGCGAAUCUUUUAAAUAGUAAUCAGAUUUCUGAGUUUAGUUCAGUAUAAUUGAAACAAAAUCAUAUUGUACCUGCAAUAGAAAUAUAAUAGUAUUUUUAUUAUGAAAUAUUUCUAUACUUUUACAUAUACUUUUUGCACUCAAGGUCAGCAGAAAUUCAUACUAUUACAGAUCGUUGGAUUUGCUUUGAUCUUACGUAUCAUAUCGUAAUGGAAAAAAUACGUAGAUUCAUUAAAAAAAUCUGUGAUGACCUUGAAACCUCGAGAAAAAUGACCUUCAGGAAAUAUUUUACCUGUCAUCACGUUAACCCCUUCGAACUAAAUGUUCUUCUUCUCUGACAUUUUUGCGAGAUAUAUCGGAUGCUCGAGUUAGGUGGGACAUCCUGUACAUUACUCUAAUACAUUUAAGUGUAACGACACGAACAUGCAUUAUUUUCACACUGAUUGUGCAACAAAAAUAUCAAGAUUAUCUACUGUGUACGUACAAUAGUUAAAUUAAGCUAUUAUUUAACAUCAUACUUCUUUGCUUCAUUAUAUCAUUUAUCAAAAUCCAGUUUAUUACAUAUAUGCACAAAUACAUAAAUACGAAGCUUUAAAAUUGCGUACUGUUUUAAACCUGAUUGUUUAAAUUAUUGCAAUAAUUCUUUACCUUCGUGCCAUGUUAUCAUUCAAUUAAAAAGCGACAAGGAUAGAGUAUAACUAAACUUUUCGUUAAUAACUGUGGAACAUUCUCUUUCUACUAUUUGAAAAUAGAUUUCUCAUUUCUUUUUCUUACAUCAAUAUAAAUUAUCGACUGAUUUGACAUGAUUCAAUGGUAUUAAGAUAUAAAAGUUAAAAAUAUAUUGCGCGAGGGUGCUUCCGCGCCCUUUUUCCCCCGCGCGAGUACGCAUGUGUAAAAAAUAUCUCACGUUCAUAGUUGCGCGCGCAUCGAUGAUCGACCAAUAAGGAAGCUGGAUAGUAGAGGGUGCUUCGAUCGAUGCACUCGCCCUAGGAGUAUGCGCCAGUGGGCGACCGUUUACAACGCGAUAAGCGUCGCGGCGCCCUCAACGACAGGCAAGUUGAGGACGUUGUCCUAGUACGUCCGCUUUCGCAUUCGGUUGUGUUUCCUCGCGCGGGUUCGUUCGCGUCAAUUCGUAGGGAACAAGGUCUCCGGUUCCGGUGAAUCGUCACUUGUCGGUGUUGUUAUAUUUUUUGUUUACGACGAGGCGACCGUCAAUGCGAUCGCGAUGAAGCAAUGAGCUAAAAGAUCACGAGUAACGACGACUGUCAAAAAGAUGCCGGUACACCGAUUGAACACGGGAAAUGCGGGCCAGCUGGAGAGUGUUGCUGCGUAAUCAACGAACUACCGUCCCCAUGCUUGGCAGUGCCUUUCCUGGGACCACUUUAGGUG